CUUCGACGUCGUCCUACGAUUCACAUCAAAAACUUUAAACUUUAUUAUUUGCAACGGUUGUGUCUUUUUUUGCAAAAUUUUUGCAUCCUCAUUCAGAAUUUGGCGAGUUUUCUUUCCGUGUGUACUAAUUAUAUUUUGUGAACUAAUUAUAAUUUGUGAAUAUUGUGUGCACCAGAUUUUUCAUGUUUUGUGCAUCUCCUCAUGAUUAAUCCGAAACCGGAUCGGCAUUCAUUGUGUGAAUGACAAUGGCAAGUUGUGGAAGAAUUCUUCUUAAGUGCCUCAUACUUCAUGUCGUGAUCAGUUCGUCGCAAUCGCAGAGCAGGCGAGAUCGUGACCGUGACCGAGACCGUGACCGAGACCGAGAUUACAAAUAUCGGAACGAUUUCCGUCCCUAUGAUGAUGUGCCAAGCAAUCGCAAACCAAAACCACCCCGACAACAGGUCGACCCUUGUCUGCCCAGUUAUCACAGGAUCAUUGCCAACGAGCCGAGACGCAGUUACAAUUACCGAUUCGGAUCCGGCGGGACGAGGGAGCAUGCCCUCUGCGAUAGAGACUUGGUCCCCGGCUGGUACCGUUUUCAGUCCUUGGCCGGCGACAAUAUGCCCACGUCUUGUCCCGGUGUCAAUUACUGUGGGACGCGUGCCCCCGUUUGGAUGAAAGGUACGAUUCCAAGCGUUGACGAAGGGAUUGUAAAAGCCACAGCGUGCGUCUCUGUCCAAGGGAAAUGCUGCACCACGCAGAUUCCCAUCCUCGUCAAGAACUGUUCGGAUUACACAGUUUACCACUUACAACCCACGCCUGCCUGCCCGUCAGCGUACUGUGCGGGGUACGAGGUCACUUGUCCUGCCGGAUUAUCUUCUGAUACAGGAUAUACGCCUUGUCAUUUUCCCGUGGACCUGCUCGAGACCAAAGUGUCGUACGGAUUGUCGAAAGACAAAACGCAGAUCCAGUUCUUCUGCGAUGUCACGUUGGGCGGCCAGGUCGUCCCGGACACGGUGGGGCUGCAGGUAGAGUGGUUAGCGGAUGAUGAGGUCGUCCAAUCGGAAACGUUUGGUUUGUUACAACAACAUAAAGGAGUGCUCAAAGAGGAAAAGUGGACGAUUGGACAAACGUUACAAUGUCGGGCGAGAGCGAAGCACAUGACGAUAAAUACCUUCACGUCACCCUUGCUGAGCAAAGCGAUCAACACGGGGGUUUUCAUUCUAAGCUCUCCAACCUUAUCCGCGACGGAAGGCUCCGACCCGGCCUACAUCGAGUUUCAAACCACAAUCCCGGUCGUGUGUCCGAAGAAGGAGAAGCCCAAGAAGAAAAAGGGAGAGAGAAACGCCAAGAAGGAGAAGGAAGAAGAGGUCGAGGAGGAGGAAGAAGAAUGCUGCGUCACUUUCGAAAUCAGCACCAGCACGACGUCCUCCUCCCUCCCGAGAUGCGCGUCAGGAAACUCGUUCGAUCUGGCCGUGACCAGCACGUGUACGUACAAAGUGUGUGGCGAUGAGUGGAAUUCGACGCAUAAAGUUCCCAUCUGGGCGGUGAAUGAUGGUUUGUUCGGUGGUGAAAGUGAGGACCAGGAUGCCCGACCUUCUGUAGUUGUGGAAAUACGAACGACUGAAACGGGCAGUCCGCCGAGAUGGCAUGACCUCAUCCUUCCGUCACAGGAGGUCCAAAUAAUCCAAGCCGAUGUCGUGGAAAGAUGCAUCUCCAGCACGCACAUUUACACGUUUGACGGGAUCGGGUAUGAAAACACGUUCGAGGGAACGUUCAUCCUCUACAAACAUUCCACGUUGCCGUACGAGGUGCAAAUCCAUAGGAAGAAAUGUACUCAUGCAAAACUCUGCAAUUGUGGGGUUGCUGUCCGAUUUGGGGAUGUCAUGUUAGCCGCAGACAUUUGUACGACGGGAAAACUCCGAUUUUGGAGCUAUACUUUGGAUGGAAGUUAUAUCGAACCGGCGAAAAUUGCGCAUUUGCCGCAAAUCAUUCGUUUAGAUGAAGGCCGCAGUUUUCAGGUACAAUUUCCCACCGGUACAAGUUUACUUCUGGGUCCAAAUCUACGCAUGAUAACGAUCCAAGCCUCCCUCAGCGACCUGGAACACACUUCCGGUCUCUGCGGCUCUUUCGAUAGAGAUCCGUCCAACGAGUUUUCCACCUUCAAAGGUCAAGUCGUCUGCACCGCGGUGUCCAACCGGACCAAUUCCUGUCCCGAUUUUGCCAAGUCGUGGCGCCUCCUCACCGAACAGAGUCUCUUCGUUGGCUCCUUUACGAACGAUGGACACACCGAGGAGGAUGAAACCCACCUGAGCGAAGGUCAAACUCGAGGUCAUUGCAGUUGCUCGGGCUCCAAAAAGUCUGCCGAUGUCGAACUCCGCCCUAAAUCCAAGCCUGGCGGGUAUUCCUCGCCGUACGAGGAGUUCCAAACUCCAGAAUCUGAGCAGCAAACGGACGAACAAGAAGCCGAAGCUAACAAAUGUGUCUCGAGCCAUUGCGUGGAUCCGCGCGGCGUGGAAAUUACGAACCAACUUAUCGACCUCUUAUCCGAGGAGGACUUUCUCUACGAGGGCGACGAGUUUGGCACGCAGGCUUCCACGUCACAAAUACAACCGGUAUUUUACGGCCAGUCAAAACUCAGGCUGACGAUGGACAACAAUUCGCACAUAACGGACGAUUCGGCGGAAGUCUUCUGUCGCGGAGUGAUUGAAGGGAUGCCCUUUACAAAAUUGUGUAGAGACUUGGCCAACAUUGAUAUUGAGUAUCACAUCAAGAAAUGUCAGGUUGAAGUGAAAUACACAAAAUCUACCAUUUGGAGCUUUGAUUCCCUGGAAGAAUUGAGGAUUGAUUGCCGAUUUCAAAUUUAUCACAACGUGACGACUUGGGAGCCGCAGUUGGGGCGGCAGCAUGGCACGCCCCCGCUGGGAAUUUUGUCCAGUCUUUGUUUAAAUGAUUGCAGUCAUGCGGGUUCUUGUGAACAUGGCGUAUGUCGCUGUAAGAAAGGAUUUUCCGGCGCGGAUUGUUCCGUCAAUUCUAACUCGGCCCCGAAAAUUACAAGUUUAGGGUUCAAACACACGUGUGAUAUUCGGAACAAGGCGUGCAGCGAAGUUCUCGUGUGGGGAGAACGCUUCGCAAAUACGGAUAGCAUCAAGUGUCACUUUGAAGUGUAUACGACAACGACGGUAAAAUCCGUUCCCAGCUUGUCCAGCACACUAACCACGAAUGCAAAACUGCUCACUUUCCAAUCCGUUAUUUGCGACAUUCCCGACUUACCGAUUCACGACGCAAAAAUAGCUUCGUUCUACAUCCCUGGCGAGGGCCUCGAAAAAACAAGAGCUCUCCUCCGAAUUCGGGUCAGUUACGGGGGUCAAAACACGGCCAGCGACCCUCUCGACUACACCAUUUACGACUCCCUUUGCUGGAAUUGUGAACAACCUUUGACCUGCGAAGCUCGACCCACACAAAGCUGCAACGUUCUCACGGAACCCUUUGGCUCCAGUUCGGACCCUUUCUCCACCAUCCCGUCCUUCAGCAACCCCUCCGUCGGCUUCGCCCAGAGCAACAGUCCCCUCCAGUACUCCCCCGAUUCGUCCCUUUCCACCUUCCACACCGGCCCCGACCGAGGCUCCCACCACCCCGGAUUCACCGGUCAGCAGCAGCAAUUCCACCCGGGACUCGUGAACCCCUGCACCUUCACCCGGGACACGGGCCCCUGUCGAAAUGAUAACCUCCGCUACUUCUUCGACGUCUCGAUUGGCAAGUGCCGACCCUUCAUUUACGGCGGGUGUCAAGGAAAUGGGAACAAUUUCGUCACAGAAGAAGACUGUUUGCACGCCUGUGUGAGCAAGAGUGACGACGACGACGAUGUCGAAUCCGCGGAGGGAGGUGGACCAAAUAACGGCAACAGCAGCAACCUUAACCUUGGCGUCAUCCAAGGAGGCGAGUCCGUCCUGCCGUCCUCCGACAGCCUGCAAACCCCCGUUACCCCAGCGGAAGAGGUGGAGGAAGGCGCCCCCAAGAGGAAAACUGUACCGGAAAAAUGCCUCCUGGGUAACAGUCCGGGUCCCUGCGACUCCGAAGUGGUGCGGUACUACUUUGACACGCUGAUGAAGAAAUGCCGCCCCUUUAUUUAUGGAGGAUGUUUAGGAAACGUGAACAAUUUUGAGACAAAGGCCGCCUGCAUAAAGGAGUGUGAAGUUACGUAGAAAUGGGGGUCUGCGCUUGCUUGUAUAUUAAAUUAAAUCCAAUCCAGUUAACUACUCAUCGUCAGCUAGCCAUGUAAAAAGUGUAGUUUUAUUAUUAAAUAUUUUGUUAAAAUUUGUACCGUUUUUAAUCUUAUAUAUGUAUGACAUGAUACCCACCACGCUGUACUAAAUAAAUGUAUGUAUGCUGACU